GAAAUGACCUUGAAUCCGCCCUGACAAUCGCUGACGCCACAUUUACUUGGCUUUCCCCAUCAACAACUCGCUUUCUGACUCUCAGCUUCCUUCUCUCUCUCCUCUCUUCAACCUGGCUUCCCAAAACCAUUCACGAUUGAGGAGCCGAUCGAGAAUCCGAACCCGACGCGAGCGUAGGAAGAAACAGAAAGCUAUUUUGUUUGCCAACUUUGUGAUUCCGUUGGCUAGUAUUCUUACGACGGUUGCUACGAGGAUCGUUGAUAUGGCGGGCCAGUCUUCGAAGGCGAAGCAGGUCGACGAUGGGGAACGAGCACCUUUGUUAGGUGGGAGGAGCCUUGAGGAAAAUGGGAAGACUCCUAGAGGGGAUCGAAAUGAUACAGAAGCCGCAGUGCCGUUGAAAGCCGCGAGGUGGCUGGCGAGACAUGCCGUUAUUGUGUUCAUGAGCUUGUUGUUACUGGCCGUGAUCAUUGUGCUGUGCCUUUUCUUUGGCAGUAAGUGAAUCCGUUUCUUUCUGUAUUCUCUGCCAGUUUUGAGUAGAAUCAUAGCUAAUUCGUUGAUAGCCUACAAGCAUAACAAGAAAACAAAUACCCAAGCUGCGGUCUGCAUGACGCCUGCUUGUGUUCAUGCAUCCUCGGAAAUCCUAUAUAAUCUCUCGCCCAAAUAUAAAGAGAUUGAUCCAUGUACCGAUUUCGAGGAGAUGGUUUGUGGUGGAUGGGGGGAUAGACAUGAUUUGAGACCGGAUCAGGGAGAUGCGUUUACCGGCACCAUUAUGAGCGAGAACAGUCAGAUGCUGCUGAGACAUAUUUUGGAAGCUCCGUUUCCAGAAAAGUCCGAGGUAGAUUGUGUUGAAUUCUUGCAAGAAUAUAUGUGGUUUUCUAACUUGCUAUACAGCACUCUAGUUUCUCUCCGGCACAGCUCAUGGCCACCGCUUCUUCGAUCGAUCAACAGAACUUUAAUAAACUUCGAGAUGCAUAUGAUGCUUGUAUGGACGAGGAAACAAUCAAGAAAGUGGGCAUCAAACCACUCAUGGAACUCCUCCAAGAUGUAGCAGAAAUGUACCCAGUCCACUCCAAGUCUACUACCGAAGAUAGCAAAGGGCUUUCGGAUACCAUCCGUUUCCUGGCUAAACUGGGAGUCUCUUCUCUCGUAUCAUUGGGGGCAGGGGCCGAUGACAAAGAUCCAGACACUGUCGUAGUUGUUGCCUCACCGCCAUGGCGAAUUGGUCUCCCAGCCAAGGAUUAUUACACCGAUGAGUCUGUGCUAAAGAAAUAUGAGGAUACACUUGCUACAACUAUUCAGAAGUUUCAUCCGGAACUUCAGUACGUAUAUAAAUGGGGAUUUAGCGUGCCUUGGGUCUGGCUAACCGUGCGUGGUAGAAUCGUCAAGGGGGCUGGUGCUCAGAGCUAUGCUCAUGAUGUUGUGGAGUUUGAGAAGAAACUCGCCGCCGCUUCUCCGGACGAAGAGGAUCGGAACGAUGUUACUGUAAGUUCCGCGCCAUAUGUUACCCUGUUAGGCCACGGAUGCUGAUCUUGAAUUCAGCAAUAUUACAAUCCAAUGUCUCUCAAGGAUGCAGAUAAACUUGCUCCUCAAAUACGCCUCAAGGAAAUUAUCGAAAGUCUCCAACCAUCUGAUGUUAAGACUGAACGCAUUAUCGUGUCAUCUCCCAGUUAUAUGACGAACUUGACGAGUAUUAUUUCGGGGACUUCAAGAGAGAUUUUACAAGGUUACUUCAUUUGGAAGCUCAUCCAGUCUUUUGCUUCAGUUGUGGAGGCCGAUGAGCUCAAAGCUUAUUCGAGGUUUCAAAAUGAGCUUCAGGGCAAGGUAAGAGUCGAUUGAUUGUGUACCAAACCUGGUCUGCUAACACCUAUUAGGAUCCAGAUUCUGCGCCUGAGCGUUGGAGAACUUGCGUGGGUCAUGUUGAUGACGGCCUUGGUUGGAUCUUGAGUCGAUUUUUUGUUGAAAAGGCAUUUUCUGAAAAGGCCAAAGAACUUGGUGACCAGAUCGUAUCUGACAUUAAGGAUAUGUUUAUUGAGAAGCUUAAGGUUACGACUUGGAUGGAUAACAGUGUUGUUGAUUUGGCAAUUGAGAAAGUGCACAAGAUUGUUCAAAAAAUCGGCUAUCCAACCAAAGUACGUCAGGGUAUUUCCCCCAAUGAGUUCAGUGUUAACAAUCCACAGAGUCCGAAUAUCAUGGAUCCUCCAAGUCUUCAGGACUAUUACACUUCUAUCAACAUCAGUCCCUCCGCCUUUUUCGAAAAUACCCUAUCAAUGAGUCGUUUCGGCAUAGCACGUGAAUGGUCGAGUCUCGGCAAACCCGUCGACCGCAAUGAAUGGGGAAUGACAGGUGAAUAAAUUCUGAAUAUUCACUCGAGAUGUAAAUGCUGACUCUGAGUUCCCAUUAGUCCCUACAGUCAAUGCAUACUAUAAUCCUCCCGGGAACGAAAUCGUUUUCCCCGCAGGCAUUAUGCAGUUUCCCGUCUUCGACGUCAAUGUCCCUCAAUAUUUGAGCUACGGAGCUUUCGGUUCGGUCUCCGGCCACGAACUCUCCCAUGCGUUUGACUCCACAGGACGCCACUACGACCAAAAUGGAAACUAUACAGACUGGUGGACUCCCGGCACCGUCUCCGCCUUCAAAGAACGCGCCGAAUGUUUUGUCAAUCAGUACUCGGAGUUCACAGUCCCAGGAUUGGACGAUAAACCACUACAUGUCAAUGGUAGACUUACGCUAGGUGAGAAUAUCGCUGAUGCGGGGGGUAUCACGGCAGCGUUUGCGGCGUGGAAGAAGAGAGAGAAGGAGGUUGCCAAUGAAAACCUUCCUGGGCUGGAACACUUUACCCAGGAACAGCUGUUCUUUGUGGGUUAUGCGGGGUGGUGGUGUGGGAAGAGUCGCAAGGAGACGGCGGUGCAGAGAAUCUAUACGGAUCCCCAUGCACCGAAGUGGGCGAGGAUUUUGGGGACUAUGGCGAAUAGUCGGGAUUUCAAGGAGAGUUUCAAGUGUGAGAAGAAGGAGCCUGUUUGUGAGAUUUGGUAGGUGGGUGAAGUGGGUGGCUGUAAUCUGGGGUUUGAAAUUUGAGGCUUAAAGUGGUGGAAGGGAGGGAAGGAGUGAGGUGGCGGUGGAUAUGUUAUAAGCCGUGGGUGGAUGUCAUACGGAGGAACAAGGGGAACUACUUGAAUAUCUUUAUUCACUGGGGGUGCAUUGGGCGGGUGUAUUAUCGGCUACCACAGCAUUUCUUAUUCACUUUGGGGGCGGAUUAAUUUGCAUAGGUUACUUUGGGAUACUGGGUUUUAGCAUAAAUAAAUUGAAAGAUUAUUCUCCUUAUUUUUGGAUGGAU